GGGCGGCGCGAGAGUAGUGAAGGCAGGCGACUAACUGGACAGGCAGUGCAGCAAGAGGCGCGCGGAGAGCCGGUGCGCGCGAUGGCUCGAUACGCCGCCUUUAUUAUCUUUUCCGCGCUUAUCAAUAUCGGGAGCGCGGUUUACAAUAAAGAUCGCGAUAGGCAACGUGCUGAUCCUCGCUUGUUAGAUCGCGCCUGUGAGCUCAGUUCCUGUUAUCCCGCCACUGGAAACUUACUAAUUGGACGAGAAGCAAGGCUUUCGGCUUCAUCGACUUGUGGUGCUUACGGCCGCGAGAGAUAUUGUAUUGUAUCCCAUCUUGAAGAACGAAAGAAAUGCUUUUGGUGCGAAUCAACGAAUAAUACUGCGAACAAUCCAUACCUUAACCAUCGCAUACAAAAUAUAAUAUACAAGUAUUAUCCCGGCACACGUACGAAGUCUUGGUGGCAAUCUGAAAAUGGAAAAGAAAAUGUUACGAUACAACUCGAUAUGGAAGCGGAAUUCCAUCUUACCCAUUUAAUAAUACAGUUCAAAACCUUUCGUCCUAAGGCUAUGUUAGUAGAGAGGUCUUUCGACUUUGGAAAAACAUGGCGAGUUUAUAGAUACUUUGCACAUAAUUGUGACGAAGCUUUCCCUUCCGUACCGAAACACACACAGCGAAGCUUAACUGAAGUUGUUUGUGAAUCACGUUAUUCAGGUGUCGCUCCAUCCACGGAAGGUGAAGUGAUAUUUAGAGUGUUACCUCCGAACAUAAAUGUUACGAAUCCCUAUUCAGAAGAAGUGCAAAAUUUACUUCGAAUGACUAAUUUACGAAUUAAUUUCACAAAGCUACACACACUCGGUGAUGAUUUACUCGAUAAUAGAGCUGAAAUACAAGAAAAGUACUAUUACUCUAUUUAUGAAAUGACAGUUCGUGGUUCUUGCUCCUGUUAUGGUCACGCAUCAAGAUGCCUGCCUAUGCCAGGUGUCGAGUCAAAAAAUAAUAUGGUCCAUGGACGCUGUGAAUGUACACAUAAUACUCGAGGAUUGAAUUGCGAAUAUUGUGAAGAUUUUUAUAACGACUUACCAUGGCAACCCGCUGUAGGAAAAACUUCAAAUGCUUGUAAGAGAUGUACUUGUAAUAAUCACGCCACGACAUGCCAUUUUGAUCCAGCUGUCUACAAUAAAACCGGUAAAAUAAGUGGUGGAGUAUGCGAUAAUUGUCAACAUAAUACUAUGGGUGUUAACUGUGAACGAUGCAAACCAACCUUUUAUCGUGAUCCUACGCUUGAUAUUCAAAGCCCUGAUGUAUGUAAGUCGUGCGAUUGUGACCCAGAAGGAACAACCGAUAAAGAAAUUCUGUGUGAUGAUGAAACUGAUUUUGCAAAUAAUAAAACUGCUGGAAGGUGCUUAUGCAAAGCUAACGUUGACGGAGCUCGCUGCGAUAGAUGUAAAGAUGGAUAUUGGAACUUCGAUCCACAAAACCCUGAAGGUUGCAUAUUAUGUACUUGUGAUAGAUUAGGUACAAUUAAUGAAAGAGGAUGCGAUGCAGCCACUGGUAAUUGCUUCUGUAAGCGACAUGUUACUGGUAGAAAUUGUGAUCAAUGUUUACCCGAAUUUUAUGGUUUAUCGGAUAGUGACGAUGGAUGUUCACCCUGUGACUGUGAUGUCGGUGGAUCUAUAGACCGCUAUUGUGACGUAAUAACUGGACAGUGUAAAUGUCGCCCUAAUGUAACAGGUCGUCGGUGUGACCAACCCAUACAAAACUUCUUCGUGGGUGCUUUAGAUUCUAUAGUAUUGGAAGCAGAAUCUAGUGAGUGUGAUUCACAAAUCGACGAUAACGCUAUACAAAGCCAGCUUUGCCAUGUUGUCAUACGCGAAAACUUCCCUGAUGGUAGAAAGGAAACUUGGACUGGUCCCGGUUUUAUGAAAAUACCUGAAAGUAGUACUUUAGUAUUUGUUAUAAAUAAUUUAAAAACAAGUAUGAAUUACAAUGUACUUAUACGAUAUGAGCCACAAUCUGCAAUUAAUUGGCAAGAAGCAACUAUACUUGUAAAACGACCUUCACCUAUUGAUCCAGAUUCACCAUGUAGUAAUGUUCGUCCUGAAGAUGAUAAAAUUUAUACAAUAUUACCAGCAAAUCAACGAAGCGUUUUAGUUCGGCCACCGAUAUGCUUAGAAAAAAAUAAAGAAACUGAAGUUCGUAUAUAUUUUGGGAGGCAAGAUGGUCAGACGUCGAAUAGUCGUGCAUCGAUAUUAAUCGAUUCUAUUGUUCUUAUUCCUUCUUUUGAUGAUUUGCCAUUCUUAGCCAAUGAUACUGCAGCCAGAGAAGAAUUUGAGCGAUACAACUGUGGCGAUCAAUAUUAUUACGAUUUAAAUAGAGAUAAUGUGCCCGAAAUUUGUAAAAAUUACCAUGCGAGCAUAGGUUUCUACAUAAGAAAUGGCUCCGAAUCUUGUCAAUGUGAUCCUUCUGGUUCAAAAAGUCACCAAUGUGAUAGAUAUACUGGAUAUUGUCAAUGUGUAGAAAAUAUUGUUGGAGCAAGAUGCGAUCGUUGUGCUCCAGGAACAUAUGGUUUUAGUAAAUUUGGCUGCAAACGAUGCGACUGUAACAGUAUAGGUUCUCUUGAUAAUUUUUGUGAUGCCACUAGUGGACAAUGUAAAUGCAGAGCUAAUACAUAUGGCAGAGCAUGUGACUUAUGUCAACCAGGGUACUUCAACUUUCCGAACUGUCAACAAUGUGAUUGUAACGGCCAUGCUAUUGAAUGUGAUGACAAAACGGGUGCAUGUAAGGAAUGUCACGAUUAUACCGAAGGUCACCGUUGUGAAAGAUGUAUAGAAGGAUAUUAUGGUGAUCCUCGUUUAGGGAUUGAUAUUCCAUGCCGUCUCUGUCCUUGUCCUGGUGUAAAGGAUGAUCCAAAUAAAAGCAGCCAUGCUGAUAGAUGCGAGUUAGAUCCUGAAACAAAAGACGUAGUUUGUGAUUGUAAAGAGGGAUAUGCAGGUUUGCUUUGCGAUGUUUGCGCUGAUAACUAUUACGGAGACCCACUAAAAGGCACGUGUGAGAAAUGUGACUGCAAUGAUAAUAUAGAUUUAACAAAACCUGGUAAUUGCGAUCCCUACACUGGAAAAUGCUUGCAAUGCUUACAUCAUACCUCAGGAGAUCAUUGUGAAGUGUGUGAGGAUGGUUACUUUGGAGAUGCUUUAGAACAGUCUUGUUUCAAAUGUAAUUGUUCAGUAUUAGGAACUAAUUUCACGCAAGGUAAUUGUGAUCGUAGUACAGGACAAUGUCCAUGCUUUAAUAAUGUAAUGGGAAUAAAUUGCGAUCAAUGUACAGAGAAUCAUUGGAGAAUCGCUCUGGGCACUGGCUGUGACCCAUGCGAAUGCGAUCCGAUUGGUUCCUUGUCUCCACAGUGUAAUCCAUAUAUAGGAAAAUGUGAUUGUAAACCAGGCCAUGGUGGAAGGCAGUGUGACCAAUGUCAAGAAAACCAUUGGGGUGAUCCAAAUAUUGAAUGUUAUGAAUGUGAUUGUGAUUUAUAUGGUUCUGUAUCGCCUCAAUGUAUGCGUGACAAUGGCUCGUGCCAAUGCAAACCUGGCAUUGGUGGUUAUAAAUGCGAUAUAUGUGCACGAGGUUAUCUUGGAGAAGCUCCCGAAUGCUAUGCUUGUGGAGAAUGCUUUGACAACUGGGAUCAAUUAAUAAACAACUUAAGAAUACAAACAGAAUAUGCAAUUGGUAAUGCCAGUAAAAUUAAAGUAGUUGGCGCUACUGGUGCGUAUACAAGGGACUUCGAAGAAAUGACAAAGAAAUUAACUGACGUUGAGGAUUCCCUUGAAAGUGCCAAGUUAGGACAAUCCACCGUCAAAGAACUUAUUUCCAAUAUAUCAAGCUUACAAGACCACCUUAAUGAAGCUGACAAAAAAAUUAAGGACAGUAAUGAUAAUCUUAAUGCAAUAACAUCUAAAAUCAACUUAGGCAAUGUCACUUUAGAUGGUUUAAGAUCUGCCAUAGAACAUCUUAAGUCGAAAACUCUUGAAUUGGGAAAUAAUGCAACCAAAUUACAAGAAGCUAACCUUGAAGGUGCUCUGAACUUAACUCGUGAAGCAAAACAAAGGGCUGUAAAAGCUGCAGAUGAUGCUGAAAGUGUGCAAACGAUCAUUGCUAACACGGACAGGCAAAUUAAAAAUACGGAUAGACUUAUUGAAAUGCAAUACACUAACUUUAAUAAUACCCAAAAUGAGAAUGAUAAAAAAUUAGAUGACCUUAUAGAGGUUAUGUCGCAAUUAGAUGCUGAAUUACCUAAAAUUAAUGAAAAAAUGUGUGGACAAGACAGCGACACCUGCGAUAUUUGUGGUGGUGCUGGAUGCGGAAAAUGUGGUGGCAUAUCUUGUGAUCAAGGAGCUGUAACGAAAGCUGAACAAGCUCUAGAUUUUGCAAACAAAACUGAACAUAGAAUAAAAGAACAUGAAUUAACUGCUGAAGAUUUGUUUAGAUCGGUAACGCAAGUAAAACAAGAUACGGUUUUAGUGCGAUCCAGAGCAAAAGAUUUAUCACAUAAAUCUAAUGAAUUUAAGUUAUCCGCGGAAAAGGUGACAAACGAUAGUAUAGCAUUAACUGCAGAAUUAAAAGAAUUUUUAUCUAACACAUCUAAUACCCCCGCAGAUGUGAGAAACCUUGCAAAUGAAAUUCUUAAUUUGUCAAUUCGAAUAGAACCUAAGGAAAUUACAGAACUCUCACAAAGGAUUAAUUCAACCGUGUCACAACUAACCAACAUUGAAAAUAUUAUUACAGAAACUAAACCAGACCUUGAUAAAGCAAAAGCACUCAAGCAAAAUGCAACCAUCGUAAACAAGUCCGCAAAUCUUACAUUGGAAAUGGCAAAUAAAGUUCUCGAAGCGCUGGAUGAAGCUCAAGCUGCUCAAGAUGCAGCAGAAAAUGCUAUCGAAAGGGCAAAUAAUGAUAUUGCAGCUGCCAAAGGUGAUCUUCAACCAAUCGCUUUAGAAACCGAGCAAGCUCAGAAAAAAGCUAAUGAAACUAUGGAUGAAGUAGAAGGCUUGAGAUCCCGCUUAUCAGAUUUACAAAAAAAUAUUCUUAAAAUUGAAAGUGACGCAGACCAAGUAAAACAAGAGGCCAAUGACGUUGUGAACAGAGCUGAAGCAGCUGAACAGAAGGCGAGACAGUUACGACAAGAUUUUAAAACAACAAAUAUGUCUCUUGCCGAAAGAGCAAACCAAACGUCUAACUCGCGAGAACGUGCACAAUUACUAUUAAAUAGGGCUACAAAACUAGCAAGUGAUACCCAAAUGCAGCUUAAACUUCUUGCUAAUAUGGAAGAACUGUACAACGACCAUAAUGAACAGCUCAACGUUUUAGAAAAAGAAAUAGGUGAACUGAAUUCUCAAAUGAAUUACUAUUUAUCGGAGAUCACAAAACGAUCCGACAAUUACAGAUCUUGUACCACUUAAUAUUAUUAAAAUUUGAUUAAAAAAACUGCAUUUGUAACAUAUUAUAGUCUCUGACUGAGUGCCAUUUUGAAAUUGUACUAUUAUAUGGCAUGUGUGUAGUGUGACUACGUUAUAAGUUGUAAGACUGUUGAAUAAUAUACUAUGUAUCUAUUAACAAUAUGUUUAAUUAAUGUUUAAAAUAAUGUAACGUUUAUUUUCAUAUUACAUGUAUAAUUUUAAUCUAUACUGUAUACACGUACGUAUGUGUUUGUUAGCAUUUCUGCGAAUACAAUUAAUUAUUUUAAACAUAACAUAUACUAGAUGUAAAAAUAUCCCUUACGUUUGUAAAUAAUGCAUUUUAUCGACAUAAAAUUAUGUAGGUAUCAUAAUUUUUUUCUGAAUUAACUGUGUAUAUUGAAUAAAUGAAAUAAGUAUAACAACGCCAAUUGUUUUUCAAUUGAAUCCAAAGAAUAAUGUUAGUUUCAUAAUUAUUAUUAUCUAAUUGGUCUUUUUAUGUCAUUCAUCAAUUAUUGUAAGUGAUGAUUUAUUGGGUUUUAUUAAUUAAAUAGUAAUUCUAAGUAUUUUGCCUUAGAGAUAUUAUAUACACUGUAGUACAAGAUAGAGAUCGGAUAUGGUGUCUUGCGUUACAUUACGAUUGACGAUAAAUAUAUCGUUUUAUAAAUACCUACCUAGAUAAAGAAAAGUAGUUAUUAUUUCUGUAAAAUAUUGAGGCUAUUGCAUUUAUGUGUUUAAAACUUUAAUGUGCUGCUUUUUAAUUUGUCAUUUAUAUACAAUAAGGCAUAAAUACUUAAAUGUAGAUAAUACUGACUUUGUUAAUAAAACAUUGCGUA